CUCGGCACCCUGGUUUCCCGGGUGGAACUAAGAAGCUUGACUUCCCGUGGCCAGCCCCAGGCCUCCCGUUCUGGAAGUGGCAGAGCCGGAGUUAAAGCCUGGACCUGCCUGGAAGUCUCAAAGACUGUUCUUUUGGAUUUUGUUUAAGGCAUUUUGGUCUGGAAUUCGGAGGUCCACCAGUCUCUGCCUCCUGAGUGCUGGGAUUAAGAAUAUGCGUUUUAGUUAGGUUUAACCUGUUUUGUCUUGAAACACUGUGGCAUUCCAUAGUCCAGGUUAACCUGGAGCUCACGGUGUAGUCCAGGCCGGCUUGGAACUUGGGGUGUUCCCACUGCUUCAGCAUUUCGAGUGACAGUAUUACAAGUAUUACCACCAUGCUUGGCGAGAUUACGUAUUAGCAGUGAGCAGCCAACCGAUGUGGAACGAUGGCACUGAGCCACUCCGUGAAGGAGCGAACCAUCUCUGAGAACAGCCUGGUCAUCCUGUUGCAGGGCCUCCAGGGCCAUAUCACCACUGUGGACCUCCGGGAUGAGAGUUCUGCCCGAGGACGAAUCGACAAUGUUGAUGCUUUCAUGAACAUCCGCCUGGCCAAUGUCACCUACACCGACCGCUGGGGACAUCAGGUUGAGCUGGAUGACUUGUUCGUGACAGGUCGUAAUGUCCGAUAUGUCCAUAUCCCAGAUGAUGUGAACAUCACUGCCACCAUCGAGCAGCAACUGCAGAUCAUCCACCGCGUGCGCAACUUUGGCGGCAAGGGUCAAGGUCGGCGAGAGUUUCCCUCCAAAAGGCAGUGAGGCCGUGUCCUCACUGAACUCCCAGCACCACCUCAGGGUCCUUAAGUGUUCUGAGCCAACCCCCUGCCGUCCUUCCCUACCAGUGACCUGGUGUCUACGAGACACCUAUCACAGCUGCCUUUCAUAGGGUUCCACUUUACAGACACACUCUGGGACCCAGAAUUCCUUCUGUCUGGGGCCUUGGGGUAGGUGACAAUCCCUCUUUUUGAUCCUUUGCAUCUGGAAUCUCCAUUUAUGGAUUGACCGCGUCUAUCAAGGAGCAAUCAACUCUGCCACGAGGAUUAUUGUGUUUGGAGUGAAUCACCUCUACCUCCCCUCUUCUCUUGGCAUUUGUUUCUUUUCUCAUAAAACCAAACUUACAUAAGUCUGUGCCUGAUGCUGCCUGGUGUCUGCCAGGCUCUUGUGGCUCUUGUGUAGUAGCAGGGUGCAGGUUCCAAGCUGGGGAGCACACCAGGUUUACCUAGGAUGUGGCCCAAGCAGUAGGAGCCUAGGUUUCCCCCAGGUAUCAUGAUGGAAUCUAACAGGAAUGCACGUGUACCUUCAGGUACAAAGUGGCCCUUCGGGGAGAGUCCCUGGGGAGCAGGUUGUCACUGCUGUUUCCUGAAGCUGAGUAUGGUAUCCUGGGCCCUCUCUCCUCAGGCUGGAGAAUUCAUCUUACAAGAAACUGGUCCCAGCCAGACAUAGUGGAUUACAGGUAUGAUCCUGGCUCUCAGGAGGCUAAGGCAGGAGGACAAGCCUGAGCUAAGACAGAAAUCCU